AUGUCCUUCAAGCGGGAGGGGGACGACCCCAGUCAGCUGGGGGUGCUGCAGAAAAGACGUGUUGCAGACCUGUUGGCCAACUACAUCCCUGAGGAUGAGGCGCUGCUGCUGAGGAGCGGGAGGUACGCCUGCACAGUGUGCGCCCACCGCCCCGUCUUCGACACGCUGGACGUGCUGACGGUCCACAGGGCCGGCAAGAAGCACACGGGCAGCCUGCAGCGCUUCUACGGCAGGAAGCACUCAAUCCAGGAUGCAGCCCAGAAGCAGCGACACGAGGAGGAGGUGCAGGCAGAGGAGGCAGGCGCGCAGGGCUCCCCGGCCCCUCUUCUGGCACGGACAAGGAGGAUUGCUCGAAGCGCUCUGCUGAAAGCUGCUCCCUACAGCAGCUGCUGCCGGAGGACAGGGGCAGAGGGAAGCAGCUCGCAGGCUGGCAUGACCUGGAGGGGGCCAAGCACCACCCUGACGCCUCCAGAGCCGUUGCGGAAGGACGGAGAAGCCGUGGACGCCAGCCCUGCAGCUCUGCUGCCGGGGCACUGCAGUGGACGAGCGGAUGCACCGAAGGCAGCUCCAGCCCGGACGCAGCGAGGCAGCAAAGGAAAAGCCUCAUCGUCGGCCCUGAGCCGGCCCGAAGCCCUCAGCCCUGAGAGACGCCAGGCCCUGGAGCGAUACCUGCAGCUGCGGAGUGCCGGCUGGAUCCAGGACUGCUCUGGCAAGUGGGUGAAGGAUGAAAACGCCGAAUUCGACUCUGAUGAGGACGAGCCGCCUGCACUGCUGCCAGCCUGAGACCCCCGUCUGCCCCACCGGUCCCCACGGGGAUGGUCCCCGCAGGCUGUCCCCAAGCCCCGCCAUUAAUAGAGGCAGAUGGAGAGGA